GAACUAUCCCCUGAACCACCCCCGUGUCACCCCGCAGGUGCUCGGCUUACUGGUGUGGGCUCUCAUCGCGGACACAACGUACCACCUCCACGCGGCGUACGGCUGGGUGAUGUUCGUGUCCAUCUUCCUCUGGAUACUAACAGUCCUUUUCUUCGUCACUUACCUCCUGCAGCUUCAGCUGAAGUUCUACAUGAUCCCCUGGCCCCUCGUGCUGAUGAUCUUCAAUGCUGUGGCAACCAUCCUGUACGUCACCGCCUUUGUGACGUGUGCGGCCGCUGUCCAGCCCACGUCCUGGCGGCAGUGGGACUACAACCGGAGAGCCGCGGCAUCCUUCUUCGCCUGCAUCACGAUGAUCACCUACGGGGCAAGCACCUUCUUCAGCUUCCGCGCCUGGAAAGGGCUGGGCAGCAACGCGGCCACCAGCCAAGUGACUGACCGCGCGUAAGGAGUGGAGAGCAAAGCCCAGACGUGGGUCAGCUCGUGCCAGGCUUGGUGGCUCAGGGUCUCACGUGCCACUGGGUCUCAUUGUGGGCCCAGCCUGUGCUAGCAGCGAUGGGCAGUACC